UGACUGGAAAGCACUUUAGAUAUCUGGCUCUAUGAUGGUGAUUCAAAAUUCCCGCCUAACCUCACUAAUGUUUUCUAUGAUGCAGGUUCUGUUGUGAUUUGUGAUGCGUUGAUUGUUGUUGAUUUAAAAAUGCCAGAAAUUAAGUUAACUCCAUUAGGGGCCGGCCAAGAUGUUGGCAGAAGCUGUAUACUAUUAUCUAUGGGGGGUAAAAAUAUCAUGUUAGAUUGUGGUAUGCAUAUGGGAUACAAUGAUGAAAGAAGAUUCCCAGAUUUCACCUAUAUCUCACCAGAAGGACCCCUUACUCCCUAUAUAGAUUGUGUUAUAGUAUCCCACUUCCAUUUAGAUCACUGUGGAGCUUUACCGUAUAUGUCAGAAAUGGUAGGAUAUAAUGGUCCAAUUUACAUGACACAUCCAACGAAAGCUAUUGCCCCUAUAUUAUUAGAAGAUAUGAGAAAAGUUUCGGUUGAGCGUAAGGGCGAGCAGAAUUUCUUUACCUCACAAAUGAUAAAAGAUUGUAUGAAGAAAGUUGUGGCUGUAACUUUACAUCAGUCUGUGAUGGUGGAUAAUGAUAUAGAGAUUAAAGCAUAUUAUGCAGGACAUGUAUUAGGUGCUGCUAUGUUUUGGAUAAGGGUAGGAUCUCAGUCUAUAGUUUAUACUGGAGAUUAUAAUAUGACACCUGAUAGACACUUGGGAGCUGCUUGGAUCGAUAAAUGUAAACCAGAUGUUUUAAUUUCUGAAUCGACUUAUGCAACAACCAUUAGGGAUUCUAAGAGAUGUAGAGAGAGAGAUUUUUUAAAGAAGGUUCAUGAGUGUAUUGACAAAGGAGGAAAGGUAUUGAUUCCAGUAUUUGCUUUAGGAAGAGCACAGGAGCUUUGCAUACUUUUAGAGACUUAUUGGGAAAGAAUGAAUCUCAAAGCACCCGUUUAUUUUGCCUUAGGUUUAACAGAAAAAGCUAAUAAUUAUUAUAAAAUGUUCAUUACCUGGACAAAUCAAAAAAUUAGAAAAACUUUUGUUCAAAGAAAUAUGUUCGAUUUUAAACAUAUCAAGCCAUUCGACAGACAAUUCAUGGAUAAUCCUGGACCUAUGGUAGUAUUUGCCACACCAGGUAUGUUGCACGCAGGUUUGAGUUUACAGAUUUUCAAAAAAUGGGCACCAAAUGAAAAUAAUAUGGUCAUAAUGCCAGGUUUCUGUGUGCAAGGAACAGUGGGUCAUAAAAUAUUAAAUGGUGCAAAAAAGAUUGAAUUUGAGAAUCGGCAAAUUGUCGAAGUGAAAAUGUCGGUGGAAUAUAUGAGUUUCUCAGCACAUGCAGAUGCAAAGGGUAUCAUGCAGUUGAUUCAGUACUGUGAACCUAAAAAUGUUAUGUUGGUACAUGGAGAAGCUGAAAAAAUUGCCUUUUUGAAAGAUAAAAUUGAACAAGAAUUCAGUAUUAAAUGUUUCAAUCCUGCCAAUGGAGAAACUGCUGUUAUUCAGACUCCUAUUAAAAUGCCUGUUAAUGUUAGUUUACAAUUAUUAAAAGAAGAAGCUAAAAAUUUUAGUGCAUUACCACCCGAUCCAAAAAGAAGACGUAUAUUACAUGGAGUAUUGAUGAUGAAAGACAGUAAUGUGAGUUUCAUGGAUGUGGAAGAAGCAUGUAAAGAAGCGGGUAUCAAUAGACAUAUAAUAAGAUUUACCUCAACAGUUUAUAUUAAUGACUCAGGACCAGCCAUUUCAACUGCUCACAAACUGUAUGACAUUUUGAAAGAAAAACUUUCUCAAUGGACAGUAACUUUUAUUGAUGGUGAAAUAUCUGUAGAGUCUGUGAUGAUAACUGUUGAAGGAGAAGAGGGUGAUCAUAAAGGUGUUAGAGUAACAUGGACGAAUCAAGAUGAAGAUAUAGGAAGCUAUGUAAUAAAUCUAAUGAAUACAAUGGGAGAGUAACAACUGAAAUUUAAAAUAAAUUAUUUAAUUAUU